UAGACGUGUCAGGGGAGGUAAGAGGCAGGCUUGGUCCUGGUACUGUGCUGCAGGAGGUUAUUGCAACACUGUUGGGGCAGAAUCUCUCUGGACAGCUUCCAAGAAGCAGUUCCAACCGUUUGUUAAUAGCUGCCUGGUUGAUGUUUGCCUUUGUCAUCAGUUCAGCUUACCGAAGUAUUCUCACAGCAUCUCUUACACUCCCAAACAUUCCUUCGCGUCCUGAGUCCGUGCAGGAACUUGUUCCUCUUAUAGACAGGGCAACAAUAGAAUCAUAUGGAGUGAGUCACAAGAAAUUUUUAACACAGUCAGAGUCAAGUGUCUUCAGAUCUCUCGGAGAGUUGAUGGUCACUGGAGUGGAUGCCAUUGAUGGACUGAAGGAGUCUCUGAAAAAUAAGUAUGCUCACUUAGGUGGUGCUCAGUACCUCGAACUUGUGAUUGCUAAACACUUCACACAAAUAGAUGGAUCAUCACAAGUAUAUAUUGGGAAAGAAACAAUAGUUUCCUCAGUAGCAGCCUGGCCAAUCCCCCAUGAUGCUCCCUAUAAACCUUUUCUUGACCGUUGCAUAAAGGCAGUCACAGAGGCUGGAAUCUAUGAAAAAUGGAGGAGAGACACAGUGAGACAAGAGGCUAUUCGUGCAAACCAGCGGAAGUUUCUAAAACUACAGGAACAGGGUCUUGAAGCGUCUAAAGACAGUGUCACAUACAGUAACAGCAGGAAGGCUCUCACCUUACAACAUAUGCUGGGACUGUAUGCUAUCUUCGUGAUAGGUCUUGUCAUUGCUGGAGUCGCCUUUUUAACAGAAAUAUUAAUUAGGAAGUAUUCUGCACCAUCUAAAAGGUGUUGGUGUUAAGAAACGUACCCACAAUAGUGUUGAUGAAAAGUCCAGUACAGUAUUAGUUAAGUAGAAAAGAGAAAUUCAUUGUUAAUAAAAGAAUCAAUUAAUAUGGUUAUAUUAGUAAUAACAAUAAUCAUCUGUGAGGUCCUGUUCUAUGAUGCCGUCGUCCUGAUCGUCAUCGCCUACAGCCCAAUAAGUACAGGGGUAUACGUCUACUUGGCAGUUCGUCGUUUCACUUUUCUCUAUAAAUGUAUUUUUUCUUGUCUCUGUCUUAUUUUUGGGAAGAUAAAUUAGUAACCCCCCUCCCCCCAUUCAACUCCUGGCGUCAUGACAAACCAGGUUGCAGUCAUGCAGGAUGAUCAUAGUCGUCAUAAAUUCACUGGUGAGGACCCACGGGAGUCUGUUUUUUAUUUCUCAGAAGAUGUAGAACUUACUAUUGGAGUUAGGAAUAUUGCCUCGGACUUAAAUAAGAUAUUCUAUUUGAAGAGUCGCCUUAAUGUGGGUGACAGUAAGAUUAGUCAAUACUGUAUAUUCAAACAUUACUUUGUCAAAUUUACCAAGUACGAUGAGUUUUGCCAGGAAUUCAUUGAUAGUUUCUCAAAGGACCCUCAGAUUGAAUCAUUAGUAGAUUAACUCGAUUUGCUGAUACAAUGAAGUCCAGAGUCAUUGUUCCUCCCUCUUCAAAUAUCAUAUUCAGCGACCACUGUCACCACGGCUACCAUUUCAGACUUGCGUAAUACCGUGGUGACUUCUGAGAGGACAAAUACUGAUCAAACCAAUAUGUCUCUUGAUAAUGUGUUUCAGCUUUUUGGCUAUGUGCAUUUUGUCCCUUGCCUAGGUCUGAAACAGUUGACAGUUACUUUUAUCCUUUUUGCCACUGAUCUGCUCAUUAGCCGCUUGGUCGGAUGGUCACGUCUCUGUUACACACUGUUGGCAAGUACUGGGUAUGCACUGGCUCAUGAAUGUAUCUGUACAUGCUCCAGUGUGGGUCAAGUCUGGUUUUGAAAGAGCUCACACUCGGUGCCUUCACAACACUCUCUGGUAGACCGUUCCAAGAGUUCACAACUCUCACUCCGAAAAAGUUUGCCAUCACAGUUUUCUGGACUUGUUGCUUCUUCAAUCUUGAGCUCACGAUUGCAAUAUCUAUUUUUUUUAAUGAAAAAUAGUUAUGCUAAGGUAAUGCAAUUACAGGAUGUCAUUAGUGAGUAUAAAGGAUAAGUGGAAUGAUUAAGUCAGAAUGUUACAAAAUGCAUUGGCUUCUGGGGCUGGGGGAGCUACCACUCACUCCAAACUCUCUAGCAUAAUGGGUCUCACUGUUGGCGCUCUCCAAUUUAUGUAACCAUCUGAAUUUCCACCUUAAUAAUUAAGAGGAUCAGUUGUUAAGAAAUUGCCAUCACACCCCUAGUUACAUGCCACUUGGAUGAUUCCCAAAUACUAUACCUGUAGAGGAUUCCCAGAUACUGUACUUGUGGAGGAUUCCCAAAUACUGUACCUGUAGAGGAUUCCCAGAUACUGUACCUGUAGAGGAUUCCCAGAUACUGUACCUGUAGAGGAUUCCCAGAUACUGUACCUGUAGAGGAUUCCCAAAUACUAUACCUGUAGAGGAUUCCCAGAUACUGUACCUGUAGAGGAUUCCCAAUACUGUACCUGUAGAGGAUUCCCAAAUACUGUACCUGUAGAGGAUUCCCAGAUACUGUACCUGCAGAGGAUUCCCAGAUACUGUACCUGCAGAGGAUUCCCAAUACU